UCUGCAGUCUGUCCAGGUCCCUCUGCAGAGCCCUCCUGCCUUCCAGCAGGUUGACAUUCCCCCCCAGCUUGGUGUCGUCUGCAAAUUUGCUAAUGAUCAACUCAAUCUCCUCAUAUAAAUCAUCGAUAAAGAUGUUAAACAGGACUGGACCCAGCACUGAUCCCUGGGGGACACCACUGGUGACCGGCCCCCAGCUGGAUGCAGCCCCAUUCACCAGCACUCUCUGGGCCCGGCCCUCCAGCCAGUUCCUAGCCCAGCACAGAGUGCCCCUGUCCAAGCCCUGGGCUGCAGCUUUUCCAGGAGUAUAUUAUGGGAGACGGUGUCAAAGGCUUUGCUGAAGUCCAGAGAGACACAUCCACAGCCUUCCCCUCAUCCACCAGGUGGGUCAGCUGAUCAUAAAAGGAGAUCAGGUUGGUCAGACAGGACCUGCCCCUCCUAAACCCAUCCUGGCUGGCUCUGAUCCCUUGUCCAUCCUGUAGGUGCUGUGUGAUUGCACUCAGGAUGAUCUGCUCCAUAACCUUGCCAGACACUGAGGUCAGGCUGACAGGCCUGGAGUUUCCCGGGUCCUCCUUCUGGUCCUUUUUGUGGAUCGGCGUGACAUUUGCCAACUUCCAAAUUUCUGAGACCUCCCCAGAGAGCCAGGACUGUUGGGGGGCUAUUCAGCUUCUUAUCCCUGUCUACAAGCUCCAGAAGCCAGCUGUCUUCAGGACAACCUGUCUUACUGUUGAAGACUGAGGGAAUUCACUGUUACUGUAAAAGAAAAUGUCUACAUCUAACAUUGCAGUAAGAGUGGAAACCUGGCUUUCAUCCACAUGGCAUGUUAAAGUUCCUUUGACAUGGCUGGAAGCAUGUAUUAAUUGGAUCCAGGAAGAAAAUAGUGGUAGUAACUUAAGUCAAGCUCAGAUUAACAAGCAAGUAUUUGAGCAAUGGCUUCUUACCGAUCUAAGAGACUUGGAAUAUCCCAUUUUGCCUGACUGCAUCUUGGAUGCUCCCAAAGGAGAGUUGUCAGGCUUCUACUCCAUACAGGUUGAUUCAUUGGUUGAUGUUAGCCAGCCAGCAUAUUCUCAGUUGCAGAAGCUAAGAGGGAAAAACACUGUAAAUGAAGAAGUAACAGCCAGUACUCAGGCAUUUCAGAAGCCCUGGGAAGCAAAGCCUACUCGAAUGCUAAUGCUGCAACUAACUGAUGGAAUACAUCAAAUUCAGGGCAUGGAGUAUCAACCAGUGCCUGUCCUGUGCAGUAAUCUUCCUCCUGGAACAAAAAUCACUCUACAGGGUAAUAUUACAUAUCGUCUUGGAGUCCUUCUGCUUAAACCAGAAAAUGUGAAACUGUUGGGGGGUGAAGUGGACGCUCUUCUUGAGGAUUAUUCUCAAGAAAGAGUCCUUGCUAGAUUAAUUGGAGAAACUGAAAACCAUAAUUCUGUUGGACAAGCUGGUCUUGAGCAGACUUUUUCCAGGCCUGUGGAUGAAUUAGAACAAACUCUUGGUCCUUCAGAUGAAGAGCUUUUAGCUAGUCUUGAUGAAAAUAAUGAAUUUACUUUAAACAAUAGAACAUCUUUAGAAAGUGGAUAUUGCAGCAGAAGCAACAAUUUAAGUACAGCCUCAGGUUCACUGACUGUACACAAUGGAAAUGUUUUGAUAGAGAAAUCUGGAAGCUCUUUGCCUCGUUCAGAUGAACAAGUUUCACCUCCUACAGAAUAUGCUGAUGGCUUUUUAAAUGACUUUCCUUUAGAAGAUGACUUUCUUCUGGAAGAAGAGAUGCAAAUAGAGCUAGAUGAAGUGACACCAGUGGUCACGAACAGAAACACAGGUUUAAUUACUGAAAGACUUCCACAUACACAUAGAAGAUUGUGCAAUUCGUCUUUAAAUGGCACGUGUGAAAAAAGUGAUGUGAAUGAAAGAGAUAAACCUAUGGAAGCUAUAAGCAAGGAAAAGAAUUUUGGAAAAGCAAUAUUUGAUGAAGGUGGAAAUAGUACAAAUAGCUUUUUGCAGCUCAGAAGCAUACGUCAGACCUGCAGUUCUUCAGAUUUUUCUUCGGAAAAUCCUCCUGAAGAAGGGCAGAAUGAUACAGACUUAGAUGAAAGCAGAUGUAAAUCCCAGCACACUUCUGACAGCAGGGUGUUGAAUGGUGAUCCUAUAUAUUUCUCAAAAACAGAUCCAGAAGCAGGUCAGCAGAAGCAUGAUUCGCAUACCUUUCCUUGCAGAGCGGUAGAGCCACAUUUAGAUUUAGAUUCUUCACCUUUCACAUAUAUUUCCCUUCUCCUUGCAAAAAAACCAGAAACUGUUACAAUUCUGAAAGUUAAGUGUUUUAUUGUUACUCUCACUGGAAACCUCACAAACAGCAAUGGGUCCUGGGGUAUAAAGGCAAAAAUUUCUGAUGGUUCGGCUUAUCUUGAAGUAGAUUUUGCUGAUGAUAUUCUAACGAGCUUGAUUGGCUUUUCGGUGCCUGAAAUGAAUAGGCUGAAAAAGGAUCCAGCUUUACGUCUAAAGUUUAAAGAUGGUUUAGAGAAAUGUCAAAAACAACUGAUAGAUCUCUGUUGUUUGAUGACUAUUGAGUUUAAUCCAUUUCAGUCUAAAAGUACUGUAUUAAUCCUCCAGGAUGCUGAUGCAAGGCAUCUAGAACAAUUGAAGAAACGAUUGAAUAAAUAACAUGCAAACUUGCAGACUGUGUUUUAGGAAGCAUUUAAGUUAUAUUUCCCCUGAGGGACCAUUGGAAUAAAGUUAAGUGAUGUGUCUUUUAUCAGGAGUUAUAAUGGAAAAGUGAGAGAAGGAGACUACUUCACAGAGCCAAACCAACAGUUUCUGAUGGUGAUAAUAUUGAAAUAAACUUUCAAAUAUUUCUGUCUUGAUUUAAAACACUCAUGCAUCGUUUUCAUUCUACAAAAUCCUAUGUGUUUUGGACUGGUAAUCCAGAGUGGCAAAAUUUGUCAAGAAAUAUAUAACAACAAAAAAAUUCCAUUAUUAUACUUUUUCAAGUACUUACCUGAUUUUUAAAAGAAAGAUGUGGGAGACUCUCAGUCUUUUCUUGGAGGAAAUCAGUUGAGUAAAUUUAAAUAAAGAGUUAUUGUUUAAAUACAGUCACUUCUGAUUCUGAUUUGACAAUCUGAAAAAUCAAAUAUGUAUUCAAUGCACAAGAAUCUGAAGUGCAGAGAAAUGAAAGAUUUUCUCCAAAAUGUUCAGGUGUGGGUGGAAAAAAACAAUUCUGUGGGAAUAUGAUAUUAAAAGACCUGUAUAUUUUUAAAAAUAAUUUAUAAGAAAGCCAAGUAUUUAAAAGUAUUUUAUUAACAAAUAAUGGUUAUAUAUAGGGUUUCAAUUUUUUGUCAUGUUAGUGUUAAUCAUUGCUAAUAGUUUUGAACCUACAGGCAAACUUAUUCAUUAACACUUCUGAUUACUUGUCAGCUUUUUCACAUAAUAGUCAAAUGCUGCAAACCUGUUGAAAAGUAUAUUUAAUGUUGGUGUUAUUUUUUAUUCCUUUUUUUUAACU